GCUGACAUUAACAUAUGAUGAUAGUUUAAGGCUAUUAUAAUUGUGAAAUCUCAAAUUUUCUAAAUAUUUUUUAGACUUUUGAUUAAAUAAAGCACUCCAUGGCUCCAACAUACAAUCACUUAUUUACUAGUAAUUGGAGCUAUAAAGCUCUAUCCAUUUAUUUCUUCGACCCGACAUUGAAUCUUUUUAUGCUCUUUAUCAAGAAUUCAAAUAAGAUUUGGACUCGCUCUGUUCCUGGUCAAAAUGAACUAUUCUUAUAAAAGCUCCAGUAACUUGUUUAGUCCAUUCUUUGUUGUUACUAUUGGGUCAUGAAGCACAAGGGAAAUUUACUCGUUGGUGUUAAUUAGGCGGUCUGUCAUGGCUUGUGGCGCAUUUUAUUUGACGGUAUUCUUGAUGUUACAUAAACAUUAUAUAGGUUACUUUUUAUUGGCAUUGGAAAUACAUCACUUUAUAUGGCAGGGUAAUGUUUCACAUUUUAGUGUAUCAUUCACUUAUUUGAUGGAAUUGUUAAGAGAUUAUCUAUAGUCAAACUCUUCGAAGAGACUUAUUAAUGGGGAAUAAUCCAUUUGAUAUGAAUAGUUUAUUCUUAUGAGACUUGGAUGUUCUUAUUUGGACAUUUUGUUUGGGCUAGUUCUUAAAAUCAAAGAAAGAAUUUGUUUUCCCUAGGUAAUUUUUUCCCCAACAACUCCUACCCCAACCUUUUCCAAAAAAAAUCAAUAUAGUACUUUUGUAUUUUCGAGCCGAAGUUUUAAGCAAGAAAGUCAAAGUAUAUGUUUUAUUUGGUACAAAUUUUUUUUAGGAUCCACUAUAACAACGAAAAAUAUUUUUGCAUCGAUCAAUAAUAUCUGAAACGGGUGAAUCAACCCAGUGGCGGAUACAUGGUGCUUUAGGGGUGUCCCGGGACACCCCUAAAUUUUGGGAACACGAUUAUUCAACCCCCGGUAGUAGUUUCGUAUGGAUAAACAAAAUAUAAUUAGUAAUCUGGGACACCCCUAAAAUUUUAAUAAAUGAUUAUCUUACCCUCGAUAGUAGUUUGCGUGAUUAAAAAAAUAUAAGUGGUACUCUGUGUUAUUCAAAUUUAGGACACUCCUAUUAUUCAACAUCUUCUCCAUUAGGUUAUAACUCAUUCGUUGUUCUAUUUUAAACACUGUAAUGUUGAAAACACGAUUUCUUAUCCCCAUGGUACCCUAAUUUGAAUUGAUUUUAUGGUUACACUCCAAGUGUUGAAACAGUCUUUUCAACUUUGAAUUACAUCAUGAACAAGGUAGAAAUUGAAUAUGCGAUCUAGUAGGAUAUACCGAUUUGUUGAGCAGUGUACACACUAAAUCUAUCUUAAAUUUUUUUCGAAAUUGAAAACACAUCGUGACUUUUUGUGAACAUUUAUACUAAUUGGAUAUUUUAUUAUUUAUGUAUUAUUUAAUUUAAUUUUUGAAAGAGGACACCCCUAUAACAAAUUUCUGGAUCCCCCACUGAAUCAACCAUUAUCCCAGAGUCUCUUAAUUAUCACAUAAUUAAAAAACACAAAUUUAGAUCGUCCUUAUAAAAACUUAUGUACAAAAGAAUAUACAUUUUCAUAAUACUCAACAUGAAACGGCUCGGAGAAUGGGGGAGAAUAGUAACCGCCGUCUUAAUGAGAGGACAUUAGGUCUUUCCCGAUCUCCUUUUUUUUUUUUCUUUCUUCUUCGCUUCUCUUCCGGCGGCCUCGUUUUGGCCGGACGGCGCUAUGGCGAUCAAGAAUUGCAACUCCGCUGUGAGAAGAAAACGGAGACGAGUCAUCAGUUCGGAAGUAGUAAACCCAGAACCCGUCGUCGCCAAACUCGGAGACGAUGUCUUGGUCGAAAUCCUGAUCCGCCUCCCAAACCCUAGAUCCGCCUGCCAAUGCAAACCCGUCUGCAAGCGGUGGAACUCCCUCAUCUCCACCACCCAAUUCAAUCGCCGCUUCGUCUCGAUCAGAACCAAAACCGAGGGUGACAAUUUUUUCAUCGCCUCAUCAGACGCCGCCCCGUUGAAAUCCAUCCUCUGCUUCCUCCCACCCCUGCCUCCCAACAUCCGGCGCCGUUUCCGGGUCCUCGAUUCCUCCAAGGACUUGCUCCUGUGCGGGUUCCCCGACAAGAUCAAUGGUGGGUACUGCUCGCAUUCUUACUUGAUCUGCAACCCUUUCUCGAAGCAGUGGAUCGCUCUUCCUUUAGCGCCUAGGAAGCCGCUGAACCUCAGAGUGGUUGCGCGGUUGCUCUGCCAACCCCGCAGCAAGUCGAAUGCUUUUGACCUAGGAGGGGGGAAAUCGUUUACUUACCACGACUACGAAUUCCGGGUCGUGUUGAUGCAUCAGUGGAAGCCGUACUGGCGGAAUCCUACUGUGCUCGAUGUGUUCUCUUCGGAGUCAGGGGAAUGGUCAGAGAAGGUUUGUGUUCUCAAACCUGACGUAGGGCCGUGCUCGAGAAAUGUAGUUUCGUGCAACGGGGAGUUGUUUUGGCCCGGCCGUCCUGGCAUUGACGAUCGUUGCGUGCUUGCUGCGUUCGAUGCCUUCAGCAUCGAAUCCCCUCCGGCUCGAAUCCGUGAUUCUUCUAGUUCUGAUGAAUACGCCCGGCUGGCUGCUAAAUUUUGGGAUGUUUCGAUCUCGCAAGGUGCUCUGCACGUCGUCAUACUCAGAAACUGUGGUCGGAGGAGCACAUUGACCCUAUGGAGGCUGGGGCAAAACCGUCGGUUCUGGAGGAGACAGUAUCGCGACGUGUUGCUCGAUACAUCGAAGUGCGAGGACUUUCAAGAAUCCGAAUGCUGUGCACUGGUUUUGCAUCCCGAAGAUUCCGAAAUCGUCUUCUUGGAGAUUCUCCAUCGUGGGGGGAAGGGGUCCUCUGUCUUCUCGUGUCAUAUGAGGGAGGGCGAGCUAGAGCUCUUCGAUCGAGUAAGAUGUCGUCGUCGCGCAUCGUCUCGUUGGAGGGUGUUCCGGCCUCGAUUGGAUGACUGUUUGCCUACUAUGAUUCUUCCAAGGUACGAUGAACUGCGAGGUAAGUAUGAUGGAAGCCUCGAUUGUUUGGUUUCAGAGCAGCGGAGCAACAACUCCUUAAGAAUGUUAGCAGAAGAAGGUCAACCAGUCGACAGAGUUGAACAACUUGGACAUCAGAGGAGGAACAUGGCUGCAAUAGAUAUCUAUCUUCACAUAGGACACAAACACGUCAUAUUCAUAUUUUUCUCGAAGUUUAUUGAAAGACUGAACGAACAUAAUAAGUAUCGUGAUUACGUUUAAAAUCGGUACGAGCAUAAUACACAAAUUUAAUCACACUCUUUCCCGCCAGUAGUUGAGACGAUAAAGUAUAAACAAUUUUGUUACCAACGAAAUCCAUUAUGGCCUCCGGAUCAAGGUAAGUUGAAUUACUAUCAGAGAACAAAAUUCGUGUAGGUGCGCGAACAUAUGACCUAUUCGGUGAUUCAAAGUUGUAUUAUUUACAAAUAUAUGACGUUCAUGGUGUUGAAGUUUUACCAUUUUAGCUUCAUGCAGUGGAGCCUUGAUGAUUUGUAUUAGAUUGUGUGUACUACCAAUUUCUUCUAAUUUUUUUUAUUAUCUAAUUUGACUUAUAUUAUGGUUGUCUUAGAACAAUUUUUGUCACAUAUGAUUUAGUAUGAUCCACAAGUUUUCAUGUCAUUUUAAUCAUUUAUUUUUUUAAAUAAAUUCCACUAAGCCAAAAACUAAAUAAGCAUAUUCAUCACUCAUCAUCAUCAAUAUUCAAAUUUGCAACCUAUGAGAUCAAAUCAUUAUUAUGACUUUCACAUUUAACCAAUAGAUUAAGGCUCUGGAUGGAUCAAUUAAAAAACUAGAUAAUUUGGCCGAUUGUCUCAUUUUACAAAAUGAGUCAUUUAAAACGGGUCAAUUUGAAUUAUCUGCCCCACCCUAGAGGUUAGAGGCAUGAGUCUCUAAGUAUUGCCCAGGGGCAUAAGGCUUGAGUCUUCCAGUCUAGCUCGUAGGUUGAAGGCAUGAGUGCGCCAAAUGUUUGAACCUAUGAUGUACCCUUGGCAAAUAACAGUAAUAUUUGGGGCUCUGAUCUGCACUCACUUGUUCGAUAUUUUCUGGAGGUGAGGUAUCUGUAGAGAGGAGGGGGGCGACCCAGUAAUCUAUGCUCUGACGGCCAAGUUAUUACGAGAUUCGGAUAAUGGUAUAUGUGAAUGUAGAGAGAGAGUUUAUAAAUAGACCUUGAGUGGUCAAAUGGAGGAAGUGGAAGAGAGAUCUUUGCUUGGAGGGCUUAACCCUUCUUAUAUACGGUUUGGGGCCUCCUUGAGUGUGCUAGCGCCCAAGGUAAGAUAUUUUGGGAUGAGUUUAGGGGAUUUUUCCAAUAAUAGCAUCUUUUAUAAUUUAUUUUACAAAACUAGCACUCAGCCGAAAAUAUUUACAAAAAUAUCACCUUUUAAAUCAAAUCGCACCUCCAAGGUGCGUUUUAUAAAUAAACCACAGCAGGACGAUGCGUUUUAAUUAUAAACCGCACCUUAGAGGUGCGGUCCAAUCCACGCUAGCAAACGCACCGCAUCAUCCGAGUGCGGUUUGUGUUUUCUGGGCAGCGGGGUUGGAGACCGUCGGAUGGGGCUGCGAUCCAAGGGCGGACCGCACGCCACCUCAGCAAUCCGCGUAGUGGAGCCUCAGACCGCACUUGCAGGAUGCGCUCAGCGCCUCGGGUUGUACUGAGGUUGGUUGGGGAGGUCCGGUUGAACUUCUUCUUCAUAUGACGGGAAAGAUUGAUGAUGACCUUCACCUUGCUCUUGGUACUGAAAAUAGGAAUGAGGAUCAUGGUAACUUUGGUAGAGAUGAUCGCCGUAUAAUUAACCUCCACCAUGGAUACCAGAUGUUUGACCGUGUCCAGAAUGACCGCCAACGCCAACGGCCGCCUCGAUGUAAACGAACAUCUCGGCUUUGGAAAGAUUGUUGGACCUCAAGAAUUCGAGCAUGUAAUCUACUUCAUCCUGAGUGGUUAUGAGAUAUUCCUCAUGCCACAAUGACCCACUUUCUCUGUUUGGAUAUCGGUACACCAUACGAUCAACUCUUCUCGUGCCAUCCAUGCAAGUAACGUUAGUGCACAUUUAAUGGAGGUCUUCAAGCAGCGGUCUGGUAGCGACCUUUAUUUUCUGAAAAUUGCCACCGACGUAGGUGACCCUCUUUCCGAUCUCUUCCGUGUACACCGUAAGCCAAGCCUGAACUUUUGGAAUGCCAUCUGCAAAAAAAUCGUAGUUCAGUUAAUAUCAUAAAAAUCACAAAUAACAAUAAAAAGUAAUACAAAAUAAACUUACGAGUUAACGUUAAUCGCAAAAACACUAAUGAAAUAUAGAGCUAGAACAGAAAAUUGAAAAGGGAGAAGGAGAGGUGUGUAGGGAAGAGGUUUUCCGUGCAGUCUUUUAUAGGCAAAAUCACUGAUGAAAACCGCACCUUAGACAUGCGAUUUUCGUCUGCCAUGCAGCCCCCACGUCUAUUAUUCUGCAUGGCUAUAUGUCGGGUGUAGGAAAAUAAUUGACACACAAACCGCACUGGGGGGUGCGAUUUGUGUGGCAAAACCGCAUCUUGGGGAUGCGGUUUUGUUUUGGAGAAGCAAACCGCAUCUCCAAGGUGCGGUUUUGCUAGGUCAGGCCAAAACCGCACCUCGGUCGUGCUGUUUAUGUAGAUCAGACCUGAAACCGCAUGGCCAAGAUGCGGUUUUGGCCCAGGAUAAUAAACCACACCUUCGAGGUGCGGUCCAUAAAAAAUGGUGCUAUUUUUGUAAAUAUUUUCGGGUGGGUGCUAUUUUUGUAAUUUUUUUUUAAAAUUUGCUUUUUCUGGAAAAAUCCCUGAGUUUAGACCCAUUGAUGACUUGGUAGUUUGUCAUACUAGGCCGAUUAAUCUAUAUCUAAAUGAUUAUAAACUUUUAAAGAGUAGUACCCAUUUUUGUCAUAGUCUCAUCCUAUUAGGUUAGAGUACACUGAUCAAAAUAUUGUCAAAUCCUCCAAAGCCCAUGUGAGUGUUUAAGUUGAAUUUUGAAUUUUCACAUCAACCUUCAUCCCUCGUCUUUAAUCUAUUUCCCCACUUUGGCCUUGCCUAAUAAUACGAAAAAACAUUCUUCGCCAUAAAAGAUCCUCUCUUUUCUCAGAGAAAGGAUUAAUCGGCUAGCGGGAAUCGAUUAUUUAUCGUUUAUUCGGUUAUCGAUGUAACUGUUACUCAUCGAUUUCGAUUUGGUUAUCGGUCACACCGCUAAUAGAAUAACCAUUUACCA